GCGAGGAUUUAAACCAACACUACAGAAGCUGUAACCAAACCAGGUUCUCCUUUCAUUACGACGCUUUGCUUGUUUGCUGAAGCAACGCACAUUUCAGAAUGGCUCUGCGAGUGACCAGAAAUCGCCUGGCUACCUCCAGGACYGAGCUCGGAGGGGGGAAGGCCUGCUCGGUGGCUGGGCCCGGGCUGAAGCCUCGGGCUGCGCUGGGUGAGAUAGGAAACAUCGCAGCUAACAAAGAGAACCCAARAAAGAACAUCAAGACUGAUGUAAUAAAGAAGACAAAAGUCACAGAAAAAGCUGAGAGAACCAAGCAGCCAAAGCAAAAUGCAGUCAUGGCCGUUGAGCCCGUCCCUGAAGUACAGGUUCAGCCUGAGCCAGCGUCUCCCAYCCCUAUGGAGACCUCUGGCUGUGAGCCCGCUGACCUCUGCCGGGCCUUCUCGGACGUUAUCCUGGACACCGCCAUCAGGGAUGUAGACGCGGACGACUACGACAACCCCAUGCUCUGCAGCGAGUACGUAAAGGACAUCUACAAGUACCUCCGGCAGCUUGAGGUCGAGCAGAACAUCAAACCAAACUACUUGCAAGGUCAGGAGGUCACCAGUAACAUGAGGGCCAUCCUCAUCGACUGGCUGGUUCAGGUCAACCUGAAGUUCCGGCUGCUGCAGGAGACGAUGUACAUGACCGUCGGGAUCAUUGACCGCUUUCUUCAGGACCACCCAGUCCCUAAGAAGCAACUGCAGCUGGUCGGUGUGACYGCCAUGUUCCUCGCCUCAAAGUACGAGGAGAUGUACCCGCCAGAGAUCUCUGACUUCGCCUAUGUCACCGACCGGGCCUACACCACCGCCCAGAUCCGCGACAUGGAGAUGACCAUCCUGCGGGUGCUGAAGUUCCAGCUCGGACGACCUUUGCCCCUGCAGUUCCUGAGGCGGGCCUCAAAGAUCUACGAGGUAACCGCACAGCAGCACACGUUGGCCAAAUACCUGCUGGAGCUCACCAUGGUGGACUACGAGAUGAUUCACUUCCCGCCAUCAAUAGUGGCCAGCGCUGCUCUGGCGCUCACACUGAAGAUCCUGGAUGCAGGAGAGUGGGAUGUCACUCUGCAGCACUACAUGAACUACACAGCAGAGGAUUUGCUUCCUGCUAUGGCCCACAUUGCCAAAAAUGUUGUGAAGGUGAACGACGGUCUGACAAAACACAUGGCCGUCAAAGGUAAAUACUCCACCUCAAAGCAGAUGCGGAUCGCCAACAUCCCCCAGCUCAAGUCUUCAGUGGUGAAGGAUCUAGCGAAGCAGGCUGCUCAGUGACCGGACUCCCAUCRGCACAGUGUGCUGACUUGUACAGUGUAAUCUUUUAAAGACUCUUAAUGCAGGUGGACAGUUGGCGUCCAAACAGUCUUGCUCUGUUCUUCUAUACUGAAGUUUCGUAAUCMAAGUCCUCCUUUAGUUGACCGUACACUAACUACAUCAUGAUUGCACAGUCUAGGCUAACUGAAGUCUUGAACCAACCUCUGCAGACGGCGGAUCGCUGCACCACUUCAAGAUGGCCGGUUACAUAAAUGUUCAGUGGAGUUUGUUAUCAGGAGGGAUUUUUUGACAUGUACAGCAAUGCUUUUAAAUGACAUGCCUUGUAUUUUUAAACUUCUAUUAAAUGGGUUUUGACCAGAA